AAAAGGUCACAGAAAAAUAUCGGGGUCUUGUUAGUUUCAGUAGAGGGAGCUGUAGACAUCGAUACCUUUUGAUCUCAGAGGGGGUAGAAGUACGGUGUACAAGUUUGCACACCAAGACAAAUAAUUGGAGUCUCGCGGCCAUUUACUAGAACUUUGUUUAAGAGUUGGUUGAUUGUAUUUUUGGAGAGUGCGAAGCAGUAGCUUUCACUUUGUUUCAACACCGUCAGUACUGUCAUAUUUCGUGUCAUAUCUGCACAGAGCUGGUUGUAAUAUUUUCCAUUCAGAAGCAUUAAAUAAACCGAUACAAAAAUAUUCUCACACGACUGACUUUAGCGCGGAGAGGAAAAUAGCUCGGCUGACAAUAUGUUAUCGCGUGCCCGUGUCGGCGCGCAGCAGGUGCUGAAAAGGCAGCACGGUCAACAGCAGGCGGCUUUGUUCUGGAAAAAUGCAAGCGGCAACGCAAACCAGCGCGGCUUUUUGAACAGCCCUAUGAAAUGUAAAAAUGUCUGGGUCUGGAAGAAUGCAACUUGUGAUGCUGCAUUUGGAUUUCAAUAUAAUCUGUAUUGCGUGAGCAGCAAUGGAAAUGUAAUUCUUGCUACGCGGAGAGGGCAUUUGUCAUGCGGAUAGGUAUCAAGAAGCCCUCAAAAAAUCUGUUAUGCUAGGGCAUGCAUCACAGACAUCAUGGCUCAUGCAAAACGUGCAUGACAAGUCUCAGAAUCUUCCAGACCCAGACAUUUUUACAUUUGAUAAGCCCGUUCUAUUCGCAAUCCAAGGCGUUCGCCACAGCAACGGCGGAGUCCGCCGGCGGCGAGGGCGCGAAGCAGCACACUAUCGUAAGGAAAAAUCCCCCCUCCCCAUAUCAAAACGGAAAUCUGUGAUGCUGGAUUUGUGUACACAAAUCGGAUUUAUCUUGCAGUGAGACACUACAGGCAAAGCCUAAGCCUGCGAAGGGGUGUUUCGGCGUAGGUGCUUGGCAUAGCAGAGGCCUGUCAUCUAGCCGUAACAGCAUUACAAAUCGCCUGUAUAAGUCGGCGGAUUCUUUUGAUUUGCCCCCUUGCAAGAGAGACAGGAUUUGUGGUCACAAAUCAGCAGCGACCGGCCUGCGGAUAUCGGGAGGAAAACAGGCACAAAUCAGCAGCGCAAAUUUUUAGGAGCAUACCUUUUCAGUGUGGGGAGGGGGGAUUUUUCCUCACAAUACACACGACGGGGUCCUUUCUCCGGUCGCCGCAGUUUAUCGCGGGCUUCAUCGGCGCGAACUGCCUCUUGCAGUACCAGUUUGGGUCCACCAACUCCACCAUCAUCGAUGACCGGUUCACCUGCGGCAAGGAUCCGGACGCGCUCGCGGAGUUCUACGAGGCUCACGACUUGCUGGAGGUGAUGAUGCCAGUGCCCAUGCUGUUCAAGUUUGUCAUGGACCAAGUCACGUGGGACGGCGUGCCGCCUUCGGACGAGAAGCCAGCGCUCCUCACCAUGGACGAGAGCAGAUGCUAUGUAGAUAAUAAGAUCAAUUUUUACUUUUUUUAGAUUUUUGACAAGAAUGACAACAACAUGAUCUUCUAGUUCUACGAUGAGAACAAAACAUCUCCAGUCUACCUCCACUCUUCACCACCAGCUUUUAGUUGUGUAAAACACGACAAAUGAAACAUCUAAAUCGAGCGCGCUCUUCACUCAGGUCGGUCUCGUGGGUAUGGAUGUGGGUUUUGAGAUCACGCGGGAAGAGGACGAAGAUGACAAGUUGUGCAACUUCGUGCGGUACGAGCGGUUUAUCCACAACAUCCCCUUCCUGGCGGACUACUACAAGAUUCCGGUCUGCGAGUCCACGUGGAAGUUUGGGUUUCGCAAGCUCACCUCCGAGGAGAAGGGCCUGAAGGGGAAGAAGUGCCACGCGCCGAUGGACGAGCCCGAGUACGAAGUCUUCCACCAGUGCGUCGGCUACGGCGGCUUCUGGCUGUUCCGCUGCCUCAUGUACGUGCACCACUGCCUAUCCACAGUAAAUUCGCCGUACACGUCGACGGAUGUAAAAAUACGGUGUCCGCAUGACAGACAAUGACAAAACUUGCCGUCGAUCCUAGCCAGCAUUACAAGCGUUACAGUCGAAAUUGGAGAGUAAGAAAUUUGUGAAGAUACAUAUCUUCCAAUUUAUAUUAUUUUGUACGUGCUGUACGGGAAAUUUGUAUUGCAUAUUGCUACAUCAUCUGGGGUUGCGACAAGAUCUGCAACAACUGGUGUUUUGCGCCCGGGGAGGACGAAGCCGCGGAGGAGGAGCACCGCCGCCAGGUCGCCUGUGUACCAUUGUACGAAAUUAAGCGGGUCCUGGGCAUGAACCCGCCCCCGUCCGCGCCGGCAGAGGAGUAAGGGACCAGAACUAUUGCGGUGUACUUGUACAGAAAGCAGGACCAAAAGUAGAAAAAUAUCAAUAUGGAGUAUGUUCUCGAGUCCGCUGUUAGGUGUUAUUACUUUAGACAUACGUCGUCGUGUAAGUGUAUCCGAAAAAAAAACAACCGUGAAUCACAUUGCCACCUUUUUAUUUUCCCUGUUUGCGUUCGGUGAGCGGAAGUAAGCGUAAGGCUAAGGACCAUUUAUUUUCAAACCUGUUUAUAGUAACUCCGUUGCCGUUCAUUACUGAUGUUUUUACCCCGCCGCGUAGCUGAGAUGAGCAUCACUUGCACCCUGGAUAUGAAAGAACAGGCUGCCACUUUUUUGUAUGAAUUUUCAGCGACAGUCACAGUCGGCCACACCCUGACACAAUUUGCAACAGCGGCGUGCAGAGAAGCACCACGCCAGUCUUCUAGAUUUUCACGUGACCCCGCAGUUGCGAUGGAUAGAAAACCUCUACUAGUAGGCGCACCGUACAUCCACACCGUCAGACCGAAACUAUCGAUGUUUAUUUAGGGAAAUUUCGUGCAGUUUUAUAGUAUAUUUCCAUUUGGUUGUAACCGUAACGUAACUUAUACUUAAAAAGAACAGCAGCAGACGAUGAAAAAAAGCAACAAAUUACCCCCCAACAAGACCCCUGGCUGACUAGACCGACCUUGACACGGUACUCAAUCAAUCUAACGAUCAACAUCUACUCCGACUGUUUUAUAAAUAUGAUAUUGAAGGAGAGCGAGAUACAGUUGCAGAGAAAAAGAACGAAUACGAACAGCACAUUUCUCUGUCCUUCUCAGGCAUCAUGACAUCAACAUGGAAUCGAAAGCAUGGGUAUCUGAACGUGUUGCGAUAUAAAUGAAAAUGAAACGACUACAUCUACAAUGGAUAAUAUCUCAAGAACGUUGAGUGCUUCGCUCCAGUGUGGAAGUAGUGGACACUUCAAUGCGCGCUUGAGCAAAAGUACUUACUUCCUUUGUUGUUUAUCAAGUUUUCUGAUGUUCCAUUCGCUUGAGUAGGAUUGAUGUGCGCCGUACCGAUGCGGACGACGAGGAUCUUGAGUACUUCUC